AUGCCUAAACAAUAUUCUAAAGGGAAGAGUGUAUUAAAAAAAGAACGAUGCAAAAAUUGUGGAUCUAGUGAACAUACAACAAAAGAUUGUUUAGAGCGUCCAAAGAAAUAUGGAAGUAAAAGUAUUGAAAUGAAAGAUAUUCAAAAAAGUAAAUCAAAACAAGAAGAAAUCAAAGAAUUAAUAAAUCGAACAGAAGAAAUAACAAAAGAAAUUCAAAAUACACAAAAUAGAAUUGAUUGUAAAGAAUAUUUUAAUUCUAAAGAAGAAGAAGAAAUGAUAGAAAAUGAAUUAAAUAAAAAAAAAAUGGCAAUAAAAAAUUUACGAAGAAGAGAUGAUAUUGCACCAUAUUUAAAAGAUUUAAGUGAUGGAAAUGACAAAACUAAACAAGAGAUAGAAAAUAUGAAAGAAUUAUGGGAUAAAGAAGAAGAUAAAACGAAACGAAAUGAGAUUGAAUUUUUAUGA